AUGGCUGCACAUGUCGAGGGGCAGGUCAUGCCGGCGCUGCCUGCUCACGUCCUCAGCCCCGUUCACUCAGUCACUCCUCGUCCUGACUCUGAAAAGGCUUCUGAACGUCCUUCGGCGGAUCUAACUCGCUCUGCAAGCUACACCUACAUCUCAGAGUUGCAAACAGGAAGAGAGAUCCGUCCCCCUGCCAUCAAGCGAACCUUCUCAGAGAAUGUCCUCUCGCUGCCGCCUGACCCUUCAGCCAAGUUGAACGACCUACUCAGUUCUGCGAACAUGGUUCUCUUCCGCAGAGCAUCUAAAAAGGCCAAAAAGAGGAUGUCGACCGCUAUUUUCUCGCUGCCCCCAGACGAGGAAGAUGCCCAAACACGAACAAGCAGGAAGUCGUCUUCUGAAAAGGAGGAACCUGCGAAGAGUCUGAGAGGAUCGGUUACAGGCACCAUCCGCACGUUGGCUCGCAAAUCCUGGGUUGGCUCUUCGUCGCGGCCUGCAUCCCCUGCGCGCAAAGAGGGCGAACUGGUGGGAAGAACUAGGAGUUUGUCGCCGAGCAAGGUCAAGGCCGAUGAAGAGCAGGAAGUUUCAACCGUCUCUGAUCUCUCCACCGUGCCAUCUGUUUCGGCCACGUCAUCUGCUGAGUCGCAAAACCAGACUAGGGCUCGGGGCAAUCAACCUGACCCUUCUCAGUCCAAGAAGAAAAAGGGCAGCAGUCCAAAACGUCUAUCGAGAAAUGCUUCAUCGCAGUCACUAAAGAGCCAAGGUUCGACAGAAAAAUCGCAGUCUAGAAUUUCUCUGGUUAGAUUACCACCUUUACCGAGCCCACACUCCUCCGAACGACUGGCGACGCUUGGUUUUGAGGCUGGCAAGAAGAAGGACCCGCUAUGGUCGGCUUUUCGGACGAUCGACGGUGAGUACACGAAUUUUCACAGCAGGGCAAGUCUUCAGAAAGCCAGGAUACUCCGAGGCACUUUGCAGCCGUUUCUGAAGAAAUACGCCAACCAUCCUUCCAACCAUGACCUUCGCGCCGAGGACUUAGAUCGCCGGGUGGUUAUCCUGAAUAAAUGGUGGACUGGUCUCCUUGAGCUGCUUCAUGGAACGAGCAAUCAGGCAAUUGCGGGAACUGAUCGACCGGCAUUCUUGGAAACAGCCACUAUGAUCAUGUUACGCCCCGAAUGGAGAGUGCCGGUGCACAUGUCUCCCAUCGGCGAGUCUACUGUACCCUGUUCGAUAUCGAAGUCAAAGUCCAGCAAUUCUCUAGAAUCGGACGAGGCGGAUUUCCUCACUGACACCAUUCAUCGGAACGUGCGGAACGUGUUUGUCCAGAACUUGCUCUCACAAAUGGCAUUUGUGGUGGAAAAGGUUUCUAUCAAAACUGCACCAGCGAGCCUGGUCACCUUCGCAGGGAAAACAUGUGCAUAUGCCUUCUUCUUUUGCCCAGGCAUGGCGGACUUGCUGGUCAGGUCGUGGCGCCUGCCUUCUGCCGUCGUGAAACGGACUUUCAACGAGCUGGGAAUUACUCGUGGCUACAAACUGGACUUGGUCUCGACCGCUCUGGCCGGACACUUCCCAACUGCGGUACGCAGUCUGUCCGUUUCAUCGCAGGCAGCUCUUAUGCGCCAUUUGCAACAGCGCGGUCAGAUGCCUCCUGGCUGGAACGGAACCGAAUGGGGCCUUAACUGGGUCGCACGAUGGUCCGGACGAGACAGUGACUUGUUCUUUGCGUUUGUCAAUCAGUACCACCUGUUGGUGUCGGACUUCCUCCCAGAAGAGAUAUCGACAAAAGACCGUGCUGGAAUUCCUGGGUUCGUUCCGGUAUGUGCACAGAUGUUGGUCGUCCUUGAGAACACCAUCUAUCGACAGGCUGGACAACCUGUCGUCGACAAUUAUUCUUCGGGCGCAGGUUAUCCCAUGGACCAAGCAGAUGCGAGGGCCCCGCUGCCCAUGACCAUGGCAAACGCUACCCGAUCGAUUGCGGAAAACCGGCUCAUCAUCCUUCUGAGAUAUGUACUCAGCGACCCUCAACCUGACCAUGCACCCUUCCGAAAUUUGUUUCUUGGGACCUUUGACAUCAUCACCAAAUGCGCCACGCGCAACAUCUCCCUGUACAACAAUGAAGCUUGUUUUGUUAUUUGCGAUUUCAUGGAGGAAGUGCUCCCCAUCAUGCUACGCUACCAUCAGACCUACAACGACACUCCAGUUCUUGAUUGGCCGUUCUGGAUGCAGGUCUGGAAGCAAAUGAUGCAGAGCGAAACCAGCCUCACCCAGAUCCGGUUGAUCGCAUUCCUGUACACUACAUGGUCCAUUUUAAUUCUUAAUGAAGACAGAAAACGCGAGCUCGUCCUCGACUGGCUCUUGGAUGAGGCGAAUUUCGAGAGGAACUUUUGUCAUUGGUCCCCAAUGGUCCGCCACUACUUCUACCGACUCUUGUGUUGGAGGGUGGCCCGGUAUGAUGAGGAGGUAUCGGAGCUGGACUUGGAAAUUUUGGAAACGCUUUCACUGCGCCUGAAGAAGUGCUGGGCACAUUAUCAAUACCUCGUUGCCGAAGCUGAAAUGCGAGGCCUCCUUCCGCCAUCCUCAGCUCCUUGUACUCCUGCGCCUAGCCGAAUGCUUGUGAUCCUUCGCACGGACAGCCAGCCGAUCUUGUCAGCCUCGAAGAUGGAUUUUGAGAGUCGCCUGCCUCCUGCGGUGGUCACCCAGGCUUCUCCUUACCAAAAUCAUUCUUCGGCCCUGAGCACAAUCCCCUCCGCCGACGAACCACGUCAGGGAAACAAGAAGCGAUGGAGUCUCUUCCGUGGACUGACUGCCUUCGGAGCGAGCUCGGGAAAUAGCCGACCUGGAGAAGUGACGCCACCGGGCAGUCCUGACGAAAACGGCUCGACUCCAGGCGGCGACAAUACGCCGGGCCCCAAUAGUGCCAUUACCGCGAAUCGACCAUAUCGACCUGACACCCCUCCGCAUCAAGCGUUUUCCUUCAAGUUCUCGCUCGAGUGGCUUGGUAUGGGUAAUAGCUUGGAGCGCCGAAGCCAGAACCGACUGUUGACAAUUCCACAACUCCCACACAACGCGGAAACGAUCCUACGCUCACGACAGAACUGUAACGUCAAAAACAGUGGCGAAACUGCCGGCAGUGAGUCGAAAAUGGAGACAAGAAAACCAGAAGUGAAACCACUCAAACCGCGGGAUCAUGAACUGAACACGGCUCGUUACUCUGGACGAGCACUCGCCGAAUGGGCCCAUGUGGUACAUGAUUGCCGGAGCUUCUAUAGCCGACGCAAGCAGGAUGGCGUGCCACGAGACUCCUUGGUGGAGACGCCGACCAUGGGCGUCGAGAAUUUCCGAUUCAUGGGUUGA